AUGGACUUGUCCUCCCAUUUCCGCCACAUGGCCACGGCCCUCUUCGUGGGCUACAAGGCCCUACUCAUCAACGAGACUCCAGUGUCGUGUGUAAUCCAAGACAUGGCUUCCUCUGCCAUCGUCAGCAUCGGGUAUAACUAUACCAACAUCUCGCUCAACGGCACCAAGCACGCGGAAUUCAUUGCCAUUGCCAGGCUCAUGGACCAGGACGUGGAUUUUUCCAAGAUGCGCUUGUAUGUGACGGUGGAGCCGUGCAUCAUGUGUGCUUCUUUUCUUCGCCAGAUCGGAAUUGGAGAAGUGGUGUAUGGAUGUGGAAACGACCGUUUUGGAGGCAACGGCACGGUGUUAUCGGUUCACCGGGAUGAAUUGGGCACGGAUCCACCUUAUCCCAGCUAUGGAGGAGUCAUGAGGACGGAAGCUAUCCAGUUGUUGCGAAACUUCUAUAUCCAGGAGAACGAAAGUGCACCUGUUCCCAAGACCAAGAAGAAUACUGAGAUUGAAAGUAAAUUGUACCCCGAUAACUUUUUCAACUUGAGUGAGGACGAGUUUGUCACCAUGUAUGGCAAGGAACGGCUCGAUGUGUUCACGGGAAAGGACAGGGAAAUCACAGUGAAGCCAGGAAAAGGGUACAGUCUCCAACAAUUCAUCAAUAUCGACGAAUUGCGUAAAGUUCCAUUCAUGGAAGAGGAAAUGGGAACGGUGGACGAAAAUCAGAUCAAUGAGUUCCUCAGUCUUUUCUAUGACAUCGGUGACGACGGACGAGUGGUGUACGAGAAGGCCAUUGAGAAAUACAACCCAAAGAAGCGGCGUCACGAGGAGUGA